GUUUCAACCGCUUUUUGUCAACUUCCCUAGCCGCCGCCGUGCGACUUCAUCGUCCUGCGCUUCUCCCCCCCUCCCCAGUAUAACUCUCGUUUUUCUCUGUUGGUCUGUCGGUCUUUGUCUCUGCCUUUCAUUUCAGUGACUUUGCCGUAAGUCUGAUCUCUUUUAUUACUACUUGUUCUCUGCUGCCCGUGUUGGUGUUGCCUGUUCAUCCCCACUCCAACCUGCCCUAUUCCCUCCUUCCUCCCCGCUUCUGUUAUCUGCCCUACACCUGACCACCGCACCGCCGUGUUUCCCUACUCUUCGCCUUUCUGGUUGGGGUUUAGCUCGGUGCGGAUCGAGGAGGUGGAGGAAAGGGGAAGGGAUGAAAAGGGUCUACUAAACGCUGACGAAUUCCCUGCUCACUGCUUUUCUUGGUCACUCUUAGCUAUACAGAUCAACAGGAGGUUCACUCGUUAUACUUCUCAACAUAUCUAUAAUACAACCACCCGCUAUCCCGGUCCGCGCGGGAUAGGAGAAUAAAACACGCAAACCCCCGUUCCCAGCAAUAACCAUUCCGUCUCCCGCUUCCCCCCCUGGACAUAACGUUGCUCGGAAAUCUCGAGGCUCGGCAUAUCUCCGUGAUUGAUGCGGAGUCGACGCUCUUCCCGAGACUCGAAGGCCUCGAUCACUGCUGAGGAAAGCGAAGACAGCGAGUCGUCGUCGGUUGAUGGGCACGGGGAGGGCCAAUUGGCCGCUGCGAACGAGUCACGGAGUCCUGGUGGUGAAAGGGAAAAGUUGGACGGCCCUUCUGCGAAAGUCCUUUGGAAUCCGCCGCAGAAUCGGGAACCUCUCGACGCGACGGCCCCGCCAGCCCUCUCAAAGGAGAAGAUGGAGGAUACCCGGAAUUUUAGGAGACCGCGGUUAAGGUCCGCUUGGUUGUGCCCGUUGUCGACACUGGGGGUCACACUUCUCUCCGCCUUCGUCUUAUGGACUACGAUACAAUCGUUCAGGGAACGGCAGUGUGAUAUCAAGGGGUGCCGGAUGCCGCAGAUGUCCCCCGUGUACAUCCGGGAGAAGGAUUUUGACACGGAACACACGAGGUUCGCGAGCAAAUAUAAUCUCUACCUUUACCGGGAACACAGCGUGGACAUUGAAUAUCCGGUAUGUUUUUACUUUUUCUGUUUCCUUUUCGCCUUUUCCUUUUUGUUCCUCCUUUCUUGUUCUUCUCUUUUAUUGGACCGUCAUUUGACGUUUCCCGGCUUGUCGCGUAAAGGAUCUUUGGCCGGUUUUAGAGGCAAGAAGCGAGUUUGCAAAGAAGAAUAAUCGCCCUGAACUCAAUGACGACCCAUUCACCAUUGAUUGCUCUCGAUCCCAAGUUCUUCCAAGUCAUUUGCUAAGGUGCUCGCAGCCCAAAGGGGUUCCGGUGCUUUUCAUCCCCGGGAAUGCCGGCAGCUACAAGCAAGUACGGCCGAUAGCAGCGGAAGCCGCACGAUAUUUUAAGAAUGCAGCGGCCAAGAGCGAGUCGUUAUUAGAAGCGGGGCAGCGGGGACUUGAUUUCUUCACGGUGGAUUUUAAUGAGGAUAUAACAGCGUUUCACGGCCAGACGAUGCUUGAUCAGGCUGAAUAUUUGAAUGAGGCGGUUUCAUACAUUCUUUCGCUGUAUCACGAUUCGCGAAAGUCGACAAUGGAUUCGGACUUGCCAGACCCCAGUUCUGUUAUUCUGUUUGGCCAUUCGAUGGGUGGCAUUGUCGCCCGCACCAUGUUGAUCAUGCCCAACUACCAGUCGAAUUCCAUAAACACCAUCAUAACAAUGUCUGCCCCCCAUGCUCGCCCGCCCGCACCAUUCGACAAGCAGAUAGUGGAAACAUAUGACGACAUUAAUAAUUAUUGGCGCAGGUCGUUCUCGGCAAAGUGGGCCAAUAACAACCCACUUUGGCACGUGACUUUGGUCUCAAUUGCCGGCGGAGGAUUGGAUACAAUUGUGCCUUCUGACUAUACUAGCAUUUCAUCUUUGGUGCCUGAUACCCAUGGUUUUACUGUGUUUACGUCUUCUAUUCCCAAUGUGUGGGUUGGCGUAGAUCAUCUUGCAAUUCUUUGGUGCGAUCAGCUCAUGAAAGUUGUAGCUCGCUCUAUGCUGGAUAUUGUUGAUGUAAGGAGGCCCGGGCAGACAAAGGCUCGUGCGGAAAGGAUGAGGAUCUUUAAGAAGUGGUAUCUCACUGGCAUGGAGCCAAUUGCAGAGAAGACACUACCGCAUAAAGGUUCGAUAUCAAUGCCGCUCUUAGUGGGGCUCUACCGUACGCUAAUGAUAUUAGACCCCACUACUCUUUUGACACUUGACAACUCUCACUCUAUCGUCAAUCUUGGCCAGAGGCUUGUCCUUCGGCAAUUGGGGGAGUCGCAGAAGCCCCGUGCCUAUUUGAUGCCCAUUCCGCCUUCACGGGAGCCGGGAAGCACGAAGUUUACAUUGAUGACUGACCAGAAGCUGGAUGGAGCAAGGGAUGGGAAUCUGGAGGUGCUCUACUGCAGCGUUUUCCCCCUUCAAGCUGGUCAGACCGCCGCUUUAUUUUCCAUGAAUAUGGAUCUGUCUGGGGAUAGUUCUGGCUCGACGCGCCUUGCUUGCAAGAAUGCUGCUGAGGAUGUCAUUGAUCUUCCCGCUUCCGUGCGAACUUCCAGACAGCCGUUUGAACAAGCCCAGCCGUUUUCUUACUUGCAAUAUGACCUCGAAGACAUAGCUGAGCAUCAGUUUGUGGCCGUUGUGGAUAAGGCCAGUAGGGUAGCGCAGGGCUGGGUGAUUGCAGAGUUUGUGGAGAAGAAGGACUCGUUUAUCCGAUCGAAUGCUAGCCUUCGUGGCUUGUUGAUGGACGGUGUUCGUACAACCUUGCCGGCGGAACGGCCCUUCGUGACAGAAAUCCAUAUCCCUGUGAUGCACAGCAGUCUGCUCACCUACAAGAUGCACGUGGGCGUGCAGUCCUGUGGGGAGGAUGGCCAGCUCUUUACUCCACUACUCCGCCAGUACCUUGUCGACCCGUAUGAGUCCAAGUUUUUUGUCAAUGUGCAUUCUGCGGAUAUCAAUCUUCACGGGUCCGCCCCGUUUAUUCCCCAAGUACUCAGGCCCGGCUCCAAGCGCGGCCUCUCGCUGCAGCUUUGGCUGGAUCCUACGUGCAACAGCACUGUUGAGGUUUCGGCUGAGUUCGAUUUUCUCGGGAGCCUUGGAAGGCUCACCAUGCGCUACCGGACUGUCUUUGCUGCGUUCCCAUUGCUGGUUGUCGCGCUUGUUCUUAGGAUUCAAUUUCAGGAAUAUGAUAACAGGGGUAUGAUUUGUCGGAGGUUGUGGUUGUGUAUAGAGCGUUGUUUUGUUUGCUAAUUAUGCGUAGGCCGCUUUAUGAGUUUUGGGGAAGGCCUGGACAGGCUCAUUCCCAGGACCCUGCCAUAUGUUCUGGUGGCGCUAUCGGCGUUGGCUAUCUCCCUUUCGUUCACCAAAGCUGAACAGGACAAUCCCGUGCCGUCACCUCUGUCAAAGUCCGCGACGGAGCAGUCCACCACUGCUAUGGAGUUUGCGAAGAACGAUUUACUUGUUGGACUGCAGGAUCCGUUCUUUUGGUUCCUUGCACCGCUCUUUGCCCUGAUUGCCGUUGGCGUUUGCGUUGUUUUGAAUUACGGUGCGAUGUUGGGUUUGCACUCGUUGACUAUCCUCUACACGUUCUUCAGCAGGUGGCCGACCUGGAUUAGCAGUGAGCGAAGGUGUGUGUAGACUAUGGGGCGAUGUGGGGGUGGUGCUGACCUCAGUCUGCAGAUCACCAGCGAUCACUACUGCAUUUUCCACUAGCAGUCCCAGGCGACGGAUAAUGACGACCUUGAUGCUCCUGUUUUUUGUCGCGACGCUUAUCCCUUACCAGUUCGCAUAUAUGGUCGCCUGCAUUGUACAGAUUGCGACUUGUGUUAGGGCGUUGAAGUUUGCCAGGGAAAAUGUACGUAUCGUUAAAAGUUUCCGGGCCCUCACCCUUUUUCUCCCUCCCUUUCACUAACGUGGCCGUAGGGGUACUCUGAGCGAUCCGGCGCGUACUGGGAUUUCUACCAUUACGCGCAUUCGAUUCUCAUCGUAAUGCUCUGGAUCCUGCCAAUUAAUCUUCCAGUACUAGCUGUGUGGAUACACAACCUGACAGUCCACUGGCUCACACCGUUCUCAUCCCAUCAUAACCUUCUCUCAAUAAUGCCGUUCAUCCUGCUCGUCGAGACAUUGACUACGGGGAAUAUGAUUCCCCGAAUCAGGAACCGGUAUGCUACUCCCCACCCGCCUGUUUUAAUUCUUGGUGUUGGAAGGUGUGACUAACAGCGAAUAGACUCUGGCUGGUAACGGACUUACUCCUUCUAGGCCUAGCAGCAUACGCUGCCUUAUACGGCGUAACGUAUGCCUACCGCCUCCACCACCUGGUGAACCUCAUCGCGGGAUGGUUCGUAAUUGUUCACUUUAGCACAGCGCCGCCGACGAUAUCCGGCAUCAUAGACUUAUUUAAUGACGAUGGGGACGAUGAUGGAUCGAAGAAACGCCAUCAGUGA